GUAAAGUGAGAAAUUAAAAAAUAUCUUUAAAAUGUGAUCGAAGAGGUGGCGGCAGCAACCGGUGACGGAAAUGGUAAACUUCUUCCAAGUGGCGGCGGCGGUAACUGCGACACACGCCGACAGCAAGGGUAGAUCCUCGGUGAGGCGAGACUUGAGUAGCGCUGGGCUCGCGGCCGCCGCCGGCGUGGAUGACGGCCGAGGCGGGGUGUUGCCGAAAAGUGACGUUGAUCUGCUAGAGUUCCCGCUGAAUUUGGAGUACUUGGAAGCGGAGUUCUUCUUGUGGGGUGCUUUGGGUCAUGGCAUUGAUAGGUUCGACCCCGGUCUUUCCUCCGGCGGCCCGUCUCCGGUCGGCGUAACGGCCGCCAAAUUGAGUCCACUUGUGAGGGAUAUUAUCGCUCAAUUUGGGUUUCAAGAAGUCGGGCAUUUGAGGGCCAUCAAAGAAACGGUUCCAGGUUUUGCGAGGCCGCUACUGAAUUUGAGCAAAGAAGCAUUUGGUACAGUUAUGGACAACGCAUUCGGGCGCCCCUUGAGACCGCCUUUUGAUCCCUACGCCAGCGAUAUCAAUUUCCUUAUCGCAAGUUACGUUGUUCCUUACGUUGGACUCACCGGCUACGUUGGAGCAAACCCCAAACUCCGUAGCGCCACCGCCAAAAGGUUAGUGGCGGGACUUCUGGGCGUGGAGUCAGGGCAAGACGCAGUGCUAAGGACGUUGCUUUACGAACGGAAGAAGGAAGUGGUGGCGCCGUACGGGAUGACGGUGGCGGAAUUCACCGGCCACAUUUCCGGGCUGAGGAACAAGCUGGGUAAAAAAGGGAUGAAAGAUGAAGGGUUGAUCGUGGCGCGAACCGAGGGCCCGGAGGGGAAGACCUCCGGCAACAUUCUUGCCGGAGAUCAGCAUUCGUUGGCCUACGACCGGACGCCGGAGGAGAUCCUGAGAAUUGUUUAUGGGACCGGGAAAGAGAACAAGCCCGGUGGUUUUUACCCCAAGGGUGGUGAUGGAAAAAUUGCCAAGUCUUUUCUUGACUGAAUAAAAUUAAUAAGAAUCCCACCAUAUACUCCCUCCCUCCGUCCCAAAGUAUUUGUCCAGUUUGAUUUUUUCGAGUCAAACUGGACAAACUUUGAUCUUCAAUUAAAUAAAACCGUAAAUUAUUUUAAUAUAAAAAUUACUUUAUUGG